AUGUUCAGACGACCCUUCUAUUUCGCUCUUGCAGCAGCUCUUGCAUACAUAGCAUAUUUGCUUGCCGGAUUCACUACGCAAGAGGAAAAAUACACCACAAAAAAGCCUUUAGAAUGGCCUGGUAAGAACAAUACUGUCUUGUUUCUCUCCAACAGUGAGCAUGGGCUGGCGAAUGUCCUUCUGGCAACCAGUCAUGCUUUACUGGUGGAACACAACGAUCUCGAUAUUCAUUUUGUGUCAUUUGAAAAGUUGAAGAAUGACAUUGCGACCAUAUCUAAGUUUGCGGCACAAAGUUCUGGAAGCAAGAGGGCCAUCAAUUUUCAUGAGUUGAAAGGAAUAUCGUAUGCGAAGGCACUGAAUAGUAGAGGAUUCGCUGUCGAUGAAGCUAUCAAUGCGCCUGGGAUCACGGGAUUGGGAAAGUUUUGCAAAAAUAUGCAAUCAUUUUUGAUGCCCUGGACAGCCCCUGAUUAUCUUGAUCUAUACCGAGAGAUAUUUGGCAUACUGGAAGAUAUAGAUCCGAUUGUUGUGGCUCUGGAUCCAUUAUUCGGUCCUGCUCUUGAUGCCGUGCGAGCUCAAGGACGCAAUCAUGCUAUUAUUUCUCCAAACACGUUGAAGGACAAUUUUGCACAUUUGCAGCCAAGGGGCGCUGUACUUUGGAAAUAUCCAGCUAUGAGUUCUGGAUACGCAUAUCCAGUGCCCUGGUAUCUCAUCCCGUCCAAUAUCUACUUGAACCUACGACUCGCGUUUAGCAUCUUCGUGGCUCCAGAUCUCAAGGAGAAAAAAUCAUGGCUCAAGAAGAAUGGAAUUGCCAAACCAUUGGAUGUCUUCACUGUAUACCACGAGGACCACCCUUGGCUUACACAAAGUUCGCGAGAACUCGACUAUCCUUUCGAUAUAAUCCCCGAAAAUGUAAUACAAUGCGGACCAAUCUUUCUUUCCACAGCACCAGCAUCAGAGCAAGACCCAGAACUAGCGAAGUGGCUGAAGAAAUCCCCGACUGUUUUGAUCAAUUUAGGAAGUUCGGUGAAUUAUGAUGAGAUUGCUGCGACGGAAAUGGUGAGAGCUAUCAGGAUUCUCCUCGAUAACUCUACGGUUCAGAUAUUGUGGAAAUUCAACAAGCGACAUGAAUUCACAGAUGAAUUCUUAGAUAUUCUGGACGAGGAAAUCAAAUCAGGGCGUGUCAGGAUGUCAAAAUGGAUACAAGUUGACCCAGCUGCGUUGCUCGAAACCGGAGAUGUGGUAGUCUCGAUUCAUCAUGGAGGAGCAAAUUGUUUCCACGAAGCCAUCGGAACUGGAAUACCACAAGUGGUCCUCCCCAUGUGGGCCGAUCUCUAUGAUUUUGCCGUCCGUGCUGAGUAUCUUGGUGUUGGGCUAUGGGGUAGUCGAAAUGCUGCGCCAAAUUGGACAGCAGAAGAAUUGAGCACUGCUCUUCUAAAAGUUACUGGAGAUGGACAAGAAGCAGUUUCUAUGCGAGAGAAAGCUCUGGAGUUAAGCAAACCUUAUAAGGAAAAACCAGGCCGUAUAACAGCAGCCCAUGAGCUCGCCAAGUUGGCAAGACUAGCAUCAACAUCCUGA